UGCAAAUAAGGUAUUUAAAGGGCGGGGCGUUCACCGGGAAUACACGCCCCUCUCGUGCUUCGAUAUUCUAAAGUGAGCCGAGCUUCUGAGCAUCAGAACGAACCUCCAGUCCAGUGCCGUCCCCGAGAAACAUGGCGGCGCUGCAACGCAUCCUCCUCCAGCUCUGCGUGGUUCUCCUCAGCGUCCACAGGUGCUCUCUGGUGACUGUGACAAGCAGGACGCCCACGGUGCAAGUUGAGGAGCAUGGAGAGGCCGUCCUUUCCUGCGUGUACACGUUGGAGCGCGACCGGAACCCCCGGGUGGAGUGGAAGAAGAUUGACAAAGAGGACCCUUCCUUUGUCUACUUUGGAGGCGCUGUUAUGGGGGACUUCCGUGGCCGAGCAGAGAUGGAAGGAGCCAACAUUCGGAUCAAGCAGGUCACCAUGAAGGACUCGGGGCAGUACCGCUGCGAAGUGUCUGCCAAAGAUGACCGGAACCCCCUUGGAGAGGUGACAGUGACGCUGUCAGUGCUGGUUCCUGCCAACAUUCCCUCGUGUGAAAUUCCCAGCACAGCAUUGACGGGUUCAGUGGUGGAUCUGAAAUGUCGGGAGCAGCAUGGCACACCCCCUUCAAACUACAGCUGGUUCAAGGACGGCGUUCUCCUUCCAGUCACUCCACAACUGGAUGCUCGCUUUGCCAACUCUUCUUACAUGCUGAACAGGCGCACUGGCACACUGCAGUUCAACAGGGCCACCAAGGGGGACACGGGCAACUACUACUGCGAGGCCUUCAAUGGCGUGGGAGUCCCCCAGCGCUGCAACCCCAAGCACCUGCAGAUUGAUGACUUGAAUGUGCCUGGCAUCGUGGCAGCUGUGGUGGUGCUGGCCCUCAUCAUCUCCCUUUGUGGGUUAGGCGUGUACUUCGCCCAACGCAGUGGCUACUUUGGAAGAGGUCGCACUAGGAGAUCAUUUUGGAUUCCCCAAUACGAAGAUAUCAAUCAGAUCAACCAGCCGGCGCUGCACAAACCAAUGCAAAUAAAUGAAGCCAACCAGUACCGGGCUCCUCCACAAGAAUACACUCAGGACUUCAAACACACGCAGUCCUUCAUGCUGUAAAAGCGAAGAGGAGCAGCUAAGUGGUAACCUCCAUGAGGCGAUCCCGGCACCACCGCUUCUCUUCUUCACUCGACUGGACCGCAGUCCAAUGAGAAAUCUGAAUGGGCGCUCGCUCCCUGGCACUCAACAAGACCACCAUACCAGCUAGGGCAGGAGGCCUGGCCAACAUCCAAGACUCUCUUGACUUUAGUUUUUGUUUUUUUUAUAUACUUCGUGUGAUACCCAAUGUGUCAAGUUCGGGGCUUCCAAAGCUUCUUCAGCCCACUAUCUAGAGGUAGCUUAGCAGCCGCUUUCUGUUUUAACAAGGAAUCACUUUGGCUCGAUCAGUCCUACUAGUUAAGAGAAAGACGUCAAGUCGGGUCUUGCAGGACCCCACCGUGCAAAUCUGCUGCCACUCAUUGAGACGCAACCAGCCCUGGUGGGCUCCCCUCCACGUCCGCGGUAUGGCUCUCCUCACUCGGACCACCAUCCACUGCGGUGUGGCGUGUAAAACAAACACACCAAUCCAAAGGCUUUUUGGGGUUAAGACCCCCGGAUGAGGCGAGGGUGGUGGGAAGGGGGCUACCCAAGACAAACAAAGUUGGCUGUCAAACCAAAGAUUUACUUUAGCAUUCAGUCCGUCUAAAAGCUGGGCUUGUUUGACAAGAGGUCCUGAAAACCAAAUCCAUCACGCCAGACUUUAAGAAUAUGGCAUUCUGGGUAUUGCAGAAGCGAUACCUUAAAAAAAAAAAAAAUCAGAUAUUUUGACAAGGUGUUCUGUUACGUGUGUUUUAAUUUAUCUUGCAGACGCUUAGCUUGGUCGAUCCUUCAAGUGCCUUUUGCAUCCUGUGUUGUACACAACUGGAAUUGUAUAUAACUUUGCACAGACCUGUAAAGGAGUGUGGACGUAUUAAAAGUUUCCUUUUUCUUAUUUGUUAAAUGUUUCUUUAUUUUUCUUUUUUUAUGCCCUUAGGGGCAAUCCCACAACCCCCCCUCCCCCCCCUGAACCCCCCAUUCCUAAGGCAGAGUUGAUCAACUGCCAACAGUUCAAGUUUUCACUGGCCGGGUGCCAGGGGGCCGACCACAGCGACACGUUUUUUUGAUCCAACCAGUUUCUCAAAUACAACUUCUAGGCCCUGUUAGCGCUCCCAUCCUGCCUUAACCUCCUUGGCAUUUCAUUCCAGAAUUCUAUGCAAGUACAGUUAAGGCCGAGUCAGACUUGGGGUGACGUGUGAUGAUCCUGUUAUCAGCAUUAAGCCUCACUGAUGCUCGAGAGAGUGUUCUGCUGCCAUCUAGUGGAGAAAAUUAUGCUGCAAAAAAUAAUGGACUUUCUAAUCAAUAUUCAUGAGUGGGGCGGAGCCUUCAACUAAAGCAAACCAUGAGUAUGUAAAAUUAUGCUUUAAAAAAAGAAUAUUCAUGAGUGGGGUGGAGCCUGCAACUAAAGCUAACCAAGGUGUGUGUAAAAUUACGCUGC